AUGGAGACGGUGGGAAGCGAAGGCUUGGGUGUGGCCAAGGAAUGCCAGCAGCGGAGCGGCCUUCUUCUAAGGAGGUUUGGGAACGGAAGUGCCAGCGCCAAGCAAGAGAUCCACGUCCCUCCUUGCGGGGAACAGCGCAAGCCCCGGGGAAGCCGCCGUCAGGGCCAAAAGUUGUGUUCGGGACAGAGCCGGCUUCGUUUCCAGGCUCCGGCCCCAGCGGGACCCUCCGAUCGCCAGAGGAGAGGCAGCCGGACUUUGGUGCCCUCGCGGGCUUCGGGCCGGUCCGAGGAGCAGGGGGGCGGCGGCUGGCGCUGGGAGCCCACGAGCCGAGCGCUGGUGACCCUGCGCGUGGAUCCACAGGGAUUUUUCCUCUACUGGACCGGCCCAAGUCUGGAAGUGGACAUUUUGGAUAUCAGCUGCAUCCGAGACACUCGGAGCGGACGCUACGCCAAGCUGCCCAAGGACCCCAAGAUUCGGGAAAUCCUGGGCUUUGGAGGCCCAGAGCAAAGGCCCGAGGAGAAACUUUUGACAGUGGUUCAUGGACCUGACCUGGUCAACGUGAGUUUUCUCAACUUCAUGGCUGUUGUCCAAGAUAAUACAGCAAAGAUCUGGACGGAGGAACUGUUCAAACUUGCCACCAACAUCCUGGCUCAAAAUGCUUCCCGGAAUACAUUCCUGCAAAAAGCCUACACCCGGCUGAAAAUCCAGGUUAAUCAAGAUGGGAGGAUCCCUGUCAAGAAUAUCCUCAAAAUGUUCUCAGCUGAUAAGAAGCGAGUGGAGACGGCCCUGGAGUCAUGCAGCCUGAAUUUCAACAGGAGCGAGUCGAUCAAACCGGAGGAAUUCACUCUGGAGAUCUUCGAGCGCUUCCUGAACAAGCUUUGCCUUCGACCCGACAUUGACAAAAUCUUGCUGGAGAUCGGAGCCAAGGGAAAGCCGUAUCUCAGCCUAGACCAGUUGAUGGAAUUCAUCAACCAGAAGCAGCGAGAUCCCCGGCUGAACGAGGUCCUGUACCCCCCUCUGACGCGGGCACAAGUGCGCCAACUGAUCGCCAAGUAUGAACCCAACCAGCAGUUCCAGCAACGGGAUCAGAUGUCCCUGGAAGGGUUUGGGCGUUACUUGGGGGGUGAAGAGAACACCAUCGUGCCCCCCGAAAAGCUUGACCUGUGUGACGACAUGACCCACCCGCUCAGCAGCUACUUUAUUAAUUCUUCACAUAAUACCUACCUCACAGCUGGGCAGCUGACGGGCAAUUCUUCCGUGGAAAUGUACCGGCAGGUCCUCUUAAGCGGGUGCCGCUGUAUUGAACUUGAUUGCUGGAAGGGACGUCCCCAAGAGGAAGAGCCUUUCAUCACCCACGGCUUCACCAUGACGACGGAAAUCCCCUUCAAGGAAGUCAUCGAGGCCAUUGCGGAAAGCGCAUUCAAGACGUCGCCCUUCCCUGUCAUCCUUUCGUUUGAGAACCACGUUGAUUCAGCGAAGCAGCAGGCUAAGAUGGCCGAAUACUGCCGGAACAUCUUCGGAGACGCCCUGCUGAUCGAUCCCUUUGACAAAUAUCCGCUCCAGCCCGGCAUAGCCUUACCGAGUCCUCAGGAAUUAAUGGGGCGUAUUCUGGUGAAAAACAAGAAACAUCGCACCCACCCCAAGGGGACGGAAGGCAGCGUGCGGAAACGGCUUCUGGAGCAGACGCCCAGCUCCUACAGCGAUUCAUCCGGGGUGGGCGAGCCCGGCUCUCCUGCCCUGGGUAUGUGCACGAAAUGCUUCACUUUUGGCAAAAAGACCCUCUCGGUCUCAGGCUGGCAAAGAAGCCCAAUCUUGCCAUGCCUCGGUGCGGGCACCGUUCAAAACCCAACGCUGAUGCGUUUGGGAAGGGGACCAGAGCCGCGCUGGCAAGAGUUGGGAUUUCUCCCCCUCCCCUUUUUUAAAUAUAUAUAUGUUUUAAAAGGGAAGAUAAAAACGAAUGCCAACUCAUGUAGAGUAAGAGAAAGGAAAGAAAUCAAAGGAAAAGCUGAAAGUGCAGG